AUGUCCAGAGUGUCUCGGUCCCAAGGGCUCAAGCGCUUUUGUGAACUGACCGGUGCUUCUGACAACGCCGCUUAUCCGUAUCUGCAUCAUGCUAAUUAUAAUGUGGAUCAUGCACUCGCGAUGUAUUUAAACGAGGUGUAUGGCGUCACGGAUGUGCCUCUCCUGACACCUCAGCAGGAAAAAGCCGCCCGCAAAGAGCUGGGUGCUCUUUUUGACAAGUACAGGGAUGCUGAUGAUGAUACCAUUUCUUCAGAAGGUGCUUUGCGCAUGCUAUCUGAUCUUGACAUCGAUCCUGCCAGCGUUAACGUGCUGCCCUUAUCAUACUACCUCGACUCGCCUGGUCUUGGCCAAUUCACCCGCGCAGGGUACGUACAUGGAUGGAUCCGUCUUAAUGUGUGUGUGUCAUCCACUGACCACGUGCUGGCACAACAAAAAGACGCUUUCGCUCGUGUUAUGCAAGCGUUUGCCACAGAUGGUCCCGUAAGGCCGCCCUAUAUGGGACUUGCUUCGUUUGCCACCGCGCUGCGUUUGACGCCAAAAAAGGGCCUGUAUACUACCGUGUAUGAAUACACUUUUGCCUUUGCACGCGAGGAACAACAAAAGAACGUGCCACUAGACACGGCCAUUACCUUGUGGGAUUUGCUACUACCACACGCCCCGUCAUCGUCCUUCUCCACCAAGCAAUACGAGCUAUGGAAGCGCUUCCUAAAAGAGGCAUCACACCUCCAGGUCAUUUCCAAAGAUACAUGGACACAGUUCCUCGAAUUUACGCGGGAAAUCGAUGGCACCUUCUCAAAUCAUGACUUUGAGGCGGCAUGGCCAUCAAUCAUCGAUGAGUUCGUAGCAUGGGUGCGUAAGCAAAUCUGA